GCCAGAUUUGAACUUGUUUUUCUAAUAUUAUGGAGUUGCCCGAGUUUCCUCAGACGCUAUGCCCUAAGCACAAUACGGUUUGUUUCUUGAAGACAGGCGUCAAACCGGGGCCAAAUCGGGGACGCAGUUUCUACAUCUGCUUGAAGGACAGAGAUUGCAAGUUUUUUUCUAGCGCCAAAGACAUUCAGCCAGUGACCUGUCCUAAUCUAAAUCACAGCAGUACUGUUGUACUGCAGUUUAUAAAGAAAGACAAACUAUUGUACCAGUGCUCUGAGGCUGUAAAUGGUGAAUGGUGUGGGCGGCAAGUUCUAAAGCAAGUACAGCUACAAGAAAAAGAGAACUCAUCACCAUCAGAUAGCGAGCAAGUAAAGCUACAAGAUAAAGGUAACUCGUCACUAUCAGAUAACGAGGAAUCUGGAGGCAAGAAAACUUUACUCCAACAAGGCUUAGGCAGCAAACCUACAGCAACCCCUUUCCAACAACAACACGGAUCACCCUUUGCUGACAAAGACCUUAACGUUGAUGAAGAGGUUGUUGUCACAAAUCAAGAGUCUUUUUCUAGCAAGGCUGUUAACGAAACACCUAGUGGGAUGGCAAUUUCAUGUGUUGACGAUGACAUUUCUCAAUCUCAGUCUGUUCUACAAAAGAUUGAAGCUUCUAAGGAAGUCCAGGCUUCUACAAUGCCAACUAAUUUAUUGCACAAUAGUCAAGCACUAGUUUGCAAGGACAAAGAGCCGCUGGCCGAAAAACAUGUUUUGGAGAAGACUGCAUGCAUUGAUGUGGAAGUUGAUAAAGGCAAGGUGCAGUCAGAACAAUGGAAACCUUUUCAGCCCAUGUUAGUUCGAGGCAACAGUACAUCUACUACAACAUCUGCUGUUCAUCAGCCUGCGAGAGUUCAGUAUGUCCAUCCUGCCUAUGCAGCUUACCAAGAUCAACAACGUCGACUUUAUGGUGGAAAAAUGACUGAUGUUCGCAUGCUGCAAGUGAAACAAAUCACUGCAGGAGCAAUCAAAGAUCUUUUCCAUUCAUUGGAAACUUGUCCUACAGAAGAGGUGGGCGAUCCAGCUGGCCUCACAGUUCCUUUGAUGAAACAUCAAAGGGAGGCUUUGGCCUGGUUGGUAUGGAGGGAGAAACAGACACCGCCAAGUGGAAUUCUUGCUGAUGAUAUGGGCUUAGGCAAGACACUAACAAUGAUCUCUCUUAUGAUGAAGGACAAUGAGACACAUCGUGUCAGUGAUGAACGUCAACACAAAGAGUUAUUGGCAACUAAUGCCACUCUAGUUGUGUGCCCUGCUUCUGUUGUAAUGCAGUGGCAGAAAGAGAUCGAGCAACGAGUUCAAUAUGGCAGACUGUCUGUGUAUGUCCAUCAUGGUUCAAGCAGAUGCAGACAUCCAGAAUGGCUAACACGUUAUGAUGUGGUCAUUACAUCCUACUCUAUACUUAAUGUUGAAGGACAGAAUGCUAUUAUUGCUGAAAAGGAAAGUGCAGAAGAGAGAGGAGAGGAAGUGAAAGAAAUGAAGAAGGGAAGAAGAAAGACAGAUCAUUGCUGCAUCCCAAAGCUUUACUGGAGAAGAGUUAUUUUGGAUGAAGGGCACACAAUUAAGAACCAUAAGACAUCAACAGCAAUUGCAGCUUGCAGCUUGGAAGCAGAUCACAGGUGGAUUCUGACAGGCACUCCUUUGCAGAAUGAUCUUUUGGACAUGUACAGUCUUAUAAAGUUUUUACGUGUUGCUCCAUUUAGUGAACUCGGGGUUUGGAAAAAUCAUGUGUCUGUCAACUCAAGUGCUGGAUUUCAAAGGUUGGAUGUACUUGUUAAAUCACUUCUGCUACGGAGGACAAAAGAUCAGAUUCAAACCAGUGCUAUUGGUUGCCUUCCUGAGAAGAAGGAACAUAAGCACAGUCUGCAGCUGUCAGAAAUAGAAGCUUUCGCACAUUGGAAGAUAUUUCAGACUGCACGGUGCUUCCUAGCUACUGAAGUGGACAGAACAGAAGGGGGCACAACUGCUACCAAAACUACUCAUCUUGCAGAUGAUCGAUUUUCUCAAACUUCUGUGGAAAACCUUUCACUAAGCUUGAGGUCUGUCAACAAAAUUAUUGAUGCAGCAAUUUUACAUCAAGUCUCAGAGCAUGCUGACACAGAAAACAGAGGAAAGUCAACUCUCUUGAUUUUGACACUAAUUCUUCGUUUACAGCAGUGCUGCAAUCAUUUAUCUCUUCUUGUAUCAAACUUUAGACCUCAGGAUUUUGAUGCUGAUGAUGAAUUGGCACAGCAAAUGUCUUCUUUGACACUCGGUUCAGAAAAAUUACUGCCAGAUGUAUCAAAUCAAGGUUCUUGGCCUGAAUGCUUUAGUGAGAAGUUUGCAAGUACCAAGAUUCGUUGUCUGAUCGAUGAGCUUCACCAAAUUUGCACUGCCGACCAGUUCUCCAAAAGUGUCGUUGUGUCGCAAUGGACUUCGAUGUUGGGCAUCGUUGAAACACAUUUGACUGCCGCUGGCAUGCGCUGUGCUAUGAUUAAAGGAAGUAUGAGUCCAGCUGAGAGACAAAUUGUUGUUGACUCUUUCAACAGCCAGUCACGUUCAGUUGAGGUUUUGCUGUUGUCUCUUCGUGCUGGUGGCUGUGGGCUGAACCUCAUAGGAGGAAAUCAUUUGUUCUUGAUUGAUCCUCAUUGGAAUCCUGCUCUAGAGCAACAAGCCUGUGAUAGAAUUUACAGAGUUGGCCAAAGAAGAAAUGUGGUUAUACACAAGUUUGUUUGCCAAAAAUCAAUCGAAGAACGUCUUGUGAUUGUGCAAGAGAAAAAGAAAGCAAUAGCAGAUCGUGUCCUAACAGGUGCUAAAGCUUCGAAGGCAACUAGCAAACUAUCCAUUGAAGAUUUGAGGCUGUUGUUUGAUGUAUAAUGAAUUGUUGCACUUUACAUACUUCUUUUGUUGUUUUCCGGCUGAACUUCUUUUGUUGUUUUCCGGCUGAUUAUUAAAAUCAGUAAACGAUUGAACUGUUACUCGAUCAAUAAGUAGGGAUCUAGAGUUUGAUGUAUAAUGAGUUGUUGCACUUUUUGCACAUUUUUGUGUUGUUCUCUGGCUGAUGAGCAAAGCUAAUACUAAUAAAGGUUUAUUUCAUUGCCAGAAGAAAUCAUUG